ACGACAUCACAUCAACCUUUCAAAAAUAUUAAUGAGAAUGGCAUGGGUUCUAUCUCUGAAGCUCUCAAUUCAUCAGCCCGACGUAUCACGAUAGUAGAAUUUGCGAAAUCUCUGAGUAGAGUGUUAGGAUUUGGUAAAUCUAGCUAUAAUGCCUGGCAAAGGUCUAAUCCUAUUGGCUUGGCCAUCAGUGGAGGCGUUGACUCCAUGGCUCUUGCUGCUCUCUGUUCCAAUGUCCAGAAUGCGAGUCACUUAAAGCAAGAGAUACCAGCAGAUGAACAUCAGCACUUGAGGAGCUUAAGCUUUAAAGCUUUCAUCGUCGAUCACCAAGUCAGACGUGGUAGCUUUGAAGAAGCAAAAGCUGUGUCAAACGUCCUUCAAGGAAUAGGUAUCAAGGCCGAAAUCCUCAAGAUAGAAUGGCCUCCUGAACAUUCUGCCAACACCUCCAAUUUUGAGUCGCUUGCGAGGAAGUAUCGUUUUCGUUUACUAGGUAACGCAUGUAAGGAGAAUGGAAUCAAAUCUCUCCUUCUUGCUCAUCAUGAAGAUGACCAAGUUGAGACAAUCCUGAUGAGAUUGAUCGCGGGUCACCGAAGAACGGGUCUCCUAGGAAUCAAAGAGGAGGGGGGUAUCCCAGAGUGCUAUGGCAUGCAUGGCAUCUAUGAGAGUGGUGAUCUCAAGAGUCCAGCUUUCGGAAAACCUGCGUCUUCUCGAACUCUGUCUAAAAGACAACUACAAAUUGAGAGCGGCGGAAUCAAAAUCUACAGGCCAAUGCUCGGUUUCAGCAAAGCUCGACUCAUUGCUACAUGCCAAGACGAAGGGAUUCGAUGGUUUGAAGACCACACGAACACAGAUCCUACACUUACGAAGAGGAAUGCUAUAAGGCACAUGUACAACACUCAUGUCGUGCCUACCGCUCUCUCCAAACCCGCUCUGCUUGGUCUGUCUCGAAGAAUACAACAUUCCAUUUUGCAGGAAGAUGCUGUCGUUGAAUCGUUGCUCGCUAAGUGCAACAUCAAGGACUUCAACACUCGAGUAGGUACAGUUACCGUCCGGUUCCCUGCUGGAAACGAAAUUCUUGUGGCAUCGGAGGGCUCAGGAGUCGAUUGUGGUCGAAUUGCAGCGCAACUCCUUCGUCGCGUCCUAUUCUUGGUCACACCUCUGGAACACAUCGAGAUAUCUUCAUUACCCGGAGCUGUUGAGCAGAUCUUUCCGGGCCUUUCAGAAUCUGAAGAACGUCUCCUCCUUGCCAAACCGCUUACUGUCGCAAGCGUCUACCUUCAACCACUCAAUGUAAGAGCUUCAGAACAGGAACAGGAACAUCCACCGAUGCAAGCAUCUGAAAUUGCACAACAAGGCCAGACACAGUGGCUUCUCUCUCGACAAUUACCAUACAGCUUCUCUUAUGACAGUCUUACCAUAACCAUCCCACCUCCCCGAUCAAUCGAGGACGUCUCCUGGACACCCUGGACUCUCUAUGACGGCCGCUACUGGAUCCGAAUCCAGAACCUACAUCCCGACAAGAUCAUCACCGUACGACUUUUCGAGGAACUAGACUUAAAGCUUUUCCGACAGUCACUAGACAAGCACAUUCGACGAAAAUUGAAUCUUGCGUUGAAGAAUGAAGCGGGUGGGCAUAUUAGGUGGACUUUACCUGCGAUUGUGUCUCGGUUUCGGGGAACGAGGGAUGAACAUGUGCUGGCGUUGCCGACGUUGGGCUUUCAGGUACAUAGUGCAAAGAGUGUUGUUGAUUGGGAAGUGAGGUAUAAGAAGGUUGAUCUGGGUGGAGUGUUGAUGGAUCCUCCAGUAGAAUGUCCUGCAGAUGGAAGACAUCCAAUGAUUUGAUAUUCAGAGUUUGUUGCAAGAUGUCUUAGAUUAUCUUCUGCAAAGGGCCACUACCAGUAGUAAGAGGGCAAUAUAAUGAAGCUCCUAUGCCAUUAUGAAAAGGGAGAAGCUCAAGGCGUAUAAGUAAAGGGCGAUGAGUCAUAGAAGGUCAGUUCCGUAUUUUAGUAUCU